AUGGCUCGAUCAAAAUGUUUCUUUGAUAUUAAUGUUGAAGAUAAACCAUUGGGACGAAUUAUAUUUCAACUGUAUAAUGAUAUUGUACCUAAAACAGCUGAAAAUUUUCGAGCUUUAUGUACAGGUGAAAGAGGUUUUGGAUAUAAAGAUUCAACUUUUCAUCGAGUAAUUCCACAAUUUAUGUUACAAGGUGGAGAUUUUGAACGACAUAAUGGUACUGGUGGACGUAGUAUCUAUGGAGGUAAAUUUGAAGAUGAAAAUUUUCAAAUUAAACAUACAAAAGAAGGUUUACUUUCAAUGGCUAAUGCUGGUAACAAUACAAAUGGUUCGCAAUUUUUUAUAACAACAGUAGCAACACCAUGGCUUGACAGCAAACAUGUUGUCUUUGGUGAAGUUAUGGAUGGAAUGGAUAUUGUCCGAAAAAUUGAAGCUUUAGGUUCACAAUCUGGUAAACCACAAAAAAGAAUUACAAUCGCUAGUUGUGGAGAAUUAGAUCGUUAA